UUUUUGUUUCUUUUGUCUUCUUUCCAUAAUACAUACGUACAUACGUAUUUAUAUAUGUAUAUAGAUUUAAAUAAGAGAUGCAAUGGCGUGCACUGGUCUUAUUAUGGACAGGACUGGCCAUGAUCUAUCUUGUCAGUCUUCUUCAAGAAAUACCCUAUCCUCAUCCUGCCAAACUAUUUAUACCUCCAACUUCUUCUACUCGACAACGACAACUUCCUCCUCCUGAUGCUACUAUAUUAACUGUUUCCAAUACUCAUAUUUAUCAUACUUCCAUCUGGUUCGAUCUAUCACCAAAAGAUUAUUCUUUACGUUUAGGUUCUGGUCCUUUUAGCAAUGGUGGACUUGGAUAUUUGCAACAACAGCGUCAAAAACUUUCUGUUCUACUUACAAAUUCCUCUGAACUAUCGACUGCAUAUUCUUCCUCUCUACCAAAUUGGGAAUUGAUGCAUGAUCAUGUCCUCAAUGGCCCUAUUUCUCUAUAUUCAUCACCUGGAAAUGGCGGUUCUCCUACCACUGACCUUCAAUUUGCUAUUCUAUAUCAUGUCUUGAAUGAUGAUCAUAUACAACAUUGGAUACGCAUUUAUUAUUUUUCAAAUGAUCACAACGCCAUCUUUCCAGCUGGUCUGGAGUUCAAGGAUGUGUUACUUCCUGGUAGUACUUGGAUUUCCUCAUUCUCUUUGGAAUCAAAUGCUAUUCUUUAUUCACGUGAUCCAGACUGGUACCGAUUUCGAUGGGUUACUUUACCUGAUCAUUUUACUUCUGCCCCACAUUCUGAAAAUGCGGAUGCCAUUAUCUUGACUCAAAGUGAACCAGGUGACAAUAAUCAACUAUUUCAGCAAGUUGACGCCAUUGAAGAACAUCAAGGGUUGAUCUCCAGAAUGUAUUCACCAACACCGGGUGCCAUGCAGGUAUUUACACUUAAUGCAUACAAAACUCAGUUUAGCUUCUAUGUGCAAGGAGUCAUUGCUGAAAACGCUACGACGAAUUUGGAUCAUUCUUCAAAAAAUCAAUGGGUUGGAAGAAAAGCAUAUGAGGACGAUAUUGAUGUUUUUUCACAUGAAACAUUGGAAUACAUGGCUAUUGUUGAUGGUGUUCAUAUUCAACAUGAACGAAUUCAAUUGGAUAUGCCUGAUUUAUUCAUCACUCGGUCGCAUGAUGCAAAGGUGAUUGUUAUGUCCUCCAUCAAUUAUCCACUGGUCUCUUGGUCCUAUAGCGAUGGAACAGAUCUUUCAAAGAUUAACUUCAAUACUUCACCAGUAGCAGCAGGAUUAGAAAGCAAUAUUUGGAUUCAAGACAGAGUAAUGAUGGAUGAAAUGGAUGGUGAUCUGAAAGGACUCCAAUUGGACGAUACAGGUCAUUAUCUUGCAGCAUGGACCUCCAGAAAUGAAAUCUUCAUCUUUAUACGACAAAAAUUACAAUCACUCCAACUUGAAGAAAAAGACAAUCAAUUGGAAUAUGGUAUAUCAUUGGAUGAAGAACGCUUGGAAAGUUGGAUCCUCAGCAGGGUGAUUACCAAGACUGUGGGGCAAUUGACAGAUUCGAUUGGCGCCGUGGCAUUUAUCACAACAAAUAAUAAUAGCAACUAUAUUAUGGUCGGUUUGAAUAAUGGCGUUAUCCAAUCAUAUAGUCUGGACAAGACAGAAAUCCAAGAACCUAUCGAUAUUUGGUCAUUCCUAGUGGAGCAAUGGCAUAUUUGGCUACCCAUGUCGUUUGUCGUCAUUUUAUUUGUAAUCAGUGAAAAUCAACAAGCCUCAAUAAUCAAUAAUGUACAAUAACCAUAGUGUAUUUGUCCUCGUAAAAAUUGAUAGUAUAAUAUAUAAUAUAUAUGAUUUUUUAAUUUUGCAUAAAGAAUAAAGAAUUGAAU